GAUCGCAGAGGAUAUGUUAGGGGAUUUGGUUUGAAAAAGAAUUGUAAGCGUAUGCAGUAGACCAGCUGAAUGUUGGUAAUGGUGUGUAGUCGAGGAUAUUUAGGCAUAUGACUGAGCGACUAUGCAAUGCGUGUGAUUUUUCAUUGGACAUUUCUCGACGCGGUACGCAGCAACACAGCUCCGAAAUGUCGAGUGAGGGUGAAAAUGGGAAAAAUCCAACGGCAGAGCCCGCGGAGGCUGUGAAAGCUGAGGAGGCGACUGAAGCCCCUGACAAGCCUGACCAAGACCCCAAGCCAGAGGAAACAAAAACAAUUGAAAAGGAAGAGGACAAGAAGGAACCAGCUCCAAAGGAGGAGAAGGCCAAUGACAAGGUAGAGGAAUCCAAGAAGGAAGAGAAGGAUGAAAAGAAAGUAGAUAAAAAUGAAUCCAAGGAUGAGCCUGAGUCGGAGGACCCAGAAGAUAGUGACAAAGAUGACGAUUCCAAUGAUAAAACAGAGGAAAGUAGUCCCGAAAAGAACACUGCUAAAGACAAGAAAAGCAACCAGAAAAACAAUGAUGAAAAUAAAGAUGGAAAAAUUGAAAUUCCGGAAGGGUCUGGUACUCAGCUCGGAGAAAUACCAAGAAUACAUGCUUCAAUAUCCCGCUUUAAAAAUGAUGACCUUAAACUACUGCAUAAGUUGCUGUUCAAGGCACCAGGCAAAACUUUGCAGCUCAAGAAAAACAUUAGGAAGUUCAAUGGUUUUGAUUUUGUGCACGAUUCUGACGAGUACAAAAAGAAAUUGACUGCCAUUGAGAAAUUCGAGUUGAAACAGUUGCGGAUUGUCAGCGAGAUGCUCGAUCUGGAGAAAAAGGGUAACAAGGAUGAAGUCUCCGAACGCAUUCUGGAUUUUUUGAUAGAACCUAAGGAUUCUGGUAAAGCGGUGGGCGGUGGAAGACCGAAAAGGACUGCUGCCGUUAAAGCUAACAAUAGAGGUUAUUCUUCGCACGAUGAGUCUUAUUCCAGUGAUGAGAAAACCACACGAAAACCGGCACGUCGUAAUGCCGGUAAGCGAGCUAAUCUUAAGGACGAGACCUCUAGUGAAAGCGACGAAGAGUUCAAACCUUCCGAUGCCAGCGAGGAGGAGCGACCUGUGGUAAAGCGUAAACGCGUUGGCCGUAAGAAAAAGGACGACAGCGAGGAGGAUGACGCCAGCGAGGUCGACAGUCAGAACAGUUCCGACGAUAGCGAUGAUGGUCCUAAAAAUAAGAAAAAGAAGAUGAUUAAUAGUAAAGUGAAACCUAAAGCUGGACCUGGUAGGGGAAGAGGACGUAAACCUGCUGCUUCUCCAGCUGCAGCGACGCCCAAGAAGAAGACGCCUGCUAAAAGGGGUCGCAAGAAGGCGCAGCAGUCCUCUGAGGAAGAAGAGGAGAGCGCUCACGAAGAAGAAGGCAGCUCCUCAGAGGAUGAGCCUUUGGUUAAGAAGACGGCGAAAGCGCCACAACCUCCAUCUGACGAGGAAAUCAAGACCUAUGUUAAAGAAAUUUUAGAAGGCGCCAAUUUGGAGGAGAUCACGAUGAAAACAGUGUGUAAACAAGUUUAUGCGCAUUAUCCUGAUUUCGAUCUCACUCAUAAAAAGGACUACAUCAAGACUACUGUCAAAUCAGUAAGUAUCAGUUCUGUUUCUUAGAAUUGUAGCCUUUCAUGUAGGUUACUUGCAUUUAUUGUAUACUAACAAAUCGCCAUAUAUUCCUU